UUAGAAUUGCUAUUGACAAAAAAGAAAACAAUGGUCAAUGACAGCCACUUUGGUGGAUUUACACUCCUUGGAUUCCAGGGGCAGCCACAGCUGGAGAUGAUCAUCUCUGGGGUUGUCUUUCUCUUCUACACCAUUGCCUUGAUGGGAAAUAUGGCCAUCGUCCUGCUUUCUUUCCUAGAUGAACGUCUCCAGACCCCCAUGUACUUCUUCCUUAGGAAUUUGGCCAUCUUGGAUCUCUGUUAUACCACAAAUAUAGUCCCACAGAUGUUGGCCAAUAUCUGGGGCAAAGACAAGAGAAUUACGUUUGGUGGCUGUGUCCUUCAACUUUUCAUUGAUAUGGUACUGUGCUCAGUGGAAUGUAUCCUUCUGGCUGUGAUGUCUUAUGACCGAUUCAAUGCUGUCUGCAAGCCUCUGCACUACAUGACCAUUAUGAACCCCCAACUCUGUCAAACCCUGGUGGCCAUGACCUGGGGAGUUGGUGUUACUAAUUGCAUGAUACUUUCACCCUAUGCCAUGAGUCUUCCCCGAUGUGGGAACCACCAUUUGGAUCACUUUUUUUGUGAAAUGUCUGCAAUGAUCAAGAUUGCGUGUGUGGACACCACAGCCAUGGAGGAAACCACAUUUGCUAUGUGCCUGAUUAUAGUUCUUGUUCCCCUUCUUCUCAUUCUGGUUUCUUAUGGCUUCAUUGCUAUAGCUGUGUUGAAGAUCAAAUCUGCAGCAGGGAGACAGAAAGCAUUUGGGACCUGUUCCUCCCACCUCAUUGUGGUGUCCAUCUUCUAUGGGACUGUUAUCUACAUGUACAUCCAGCCAGGAAACAGUCCAUCUCAGGAUGAAGGUAAACUUCUCAGUAUCUUUUAUUCCAUUGUUACUCCCAGCUUGAACCCCCUGAUCUACACACUAAGGAAUAAGGAGUUCAAGGGGGCCAUGAAGAGGCUGAUUGGAAAAGAAAAACGUUCCUUGGAAACAACAGGACAAUGAUUCUUACUCCCAGCAAUUUCCAAUAUGGAAAUGUUCACCUGACAUCCAUUAAAUGUAGACAAGAUAUUUUGUAGUCAUCAGCUGAGAGACAGAGGGUACUCUAAAUACAUACGAUAAUAAUUAUGAUAAAAUCCAAUGUACAGAAAUCCAUAUUUAUUUAUGUUAAAAUGUUUAUUUUGAGAGAGAGUGAGUGUGCAUGUGCACAGGCAUG